AUGAUGAGAACAAAUGUGAAGCUAGAAAGAAGAAGCAGCAGACCCCACAUGGACGAACCCGUCAUGAUCGCCGGUCAGGCUCCGGUCGAGCCGAAGCCGAGGCUGCUGCAAGUCAAGGGGACCAAGAAGACUGCUUGCAGAAGGAGGAAAUGGGUGGAGACAUUGGGGAUUGGGAAGGAGAUGAUGCACAUAGUGGCAAUCGUCAGGAGCCUGAGAUUGGAUUUCAGGUGCUUCGGUGCAGUCCCCACCCCACUUUCUUCUUCUUCUUCUUCAGAUGAAGAGGAAAACGCUGAUCAUGAGGAUGUUGUGGUUGAUGAGGGUAAAAAUUCGGCUCCGGCGGUAGAGAACAAUGGCGAUGGGGAAAGUGAGAAGAUGAAUGAAUCGGAAGAUCAGGAAAGCCAUGCUCCUUCUCUUUCUCAGGAUACGCAGGUGAUAAAGCGGUGCGCAUCAGCUCCUGCAAAAGGGUGGGAGACUCGUGGCCAUGAUCAAGAGAAAGAAGAAGAAGAAAGAAAAGAGGGAGAAGACAGGGCAUUGGGGGCUCACAAGCUACAACAAGGUAAUCAGGAGCAAAGCGAAAGGCUUAUUUUAAUGAGUUAUGCGCCCGAUUUCUUCAGGGUCUCCCCUGGUAUCGCAAACAAGACGUGGAAUCAGAAAUCGACUCGCCUGCUGCACCGGAGUCACAGCCUAAUGAGAUAA